UUCGAUUUUAAUCCUGUCCAACAUUUAUCACUUUAUCACUUACUUCUGAGAACCAUUAAACCAUUCUUGUCCAACAAUAGCCAUGUUGUCACAGUUUGUUACCUUCCUUGCGCUCGCUGGCUGCGCUACAGCCGCUCCAAGCCAAAGAGCUACAGCAAAGUGCACCUCCUACACCAUCAUCAACACCAGAGGCACCGGAGAAAUCCAAGGCCCAUCGGCUGGCUUCAGAACAAUGAACUCCCAAAUCACAUCUCAAGUCCCCGGCGGGAAGAUUUACAACACGGUAUACCCCGCUGGAUAUGACCAAAACUCCGCUCAAGGAACACAAGACAUUAUCCGAGAGGUGAACAGUGUCCUGUCGUCUAAUCCCAGCGAAUGCUUCAUCCUAGAAGGCUAUUCUCAGGGCGCCGCAGCGACUGUGAAUGCCUUGUCGCAGUUGACGGGAAGUGCCGGGGAUGCUGUCAAGGGCGUGUUUCUCAUUGGCGAUCCGCUGCAUAAGAGCGGAUUGGAGUGUAAUGUUGAUAACAAUGGUGGUACUGCUACCAAGAACGUGAAUGGGCUUGAGGCUUUUGGGGGCGCUGGUAUUCCUCAGGACUGGGUUUCGCGUACGCUUGAUGUUUGUAUUUUUGGCGAUGGGGUUUGUGAUACGACGCAUGGGUUAGGUAUUGAUGCUCAACAUCUGGAAUAUCCGAAUGACUCAGCGACCCAGAACCUUGGAGCGAGUUUUGUUGUUAAGAAGUUGAACGGGUGAGGGUUUUGAUUUGAAAGGGAGAGGUUUAUAUUGAGUAAAUACUUUGUAGAAUGACCUUGAACUUGGUAACUUUAUAGCUGGAAGUUGAAGUUUUAAUGACCUAUUGAUGUCAACCGUAGACUUAAUGUAUAGUCCGAUAGUGCCUGUUGCUUGUUGCCAAGGCAGCCUUGCAAUUGCAUGUGAAACGUCGUCAUAUCUCUCUAGUACAAGCACCUUUAGACAGAAUUGUUUCCACCAGGCGCCUGGACAAGAUCUUGCAUAAUUGGUCAGACCUUUUGUCACACCUGUUCAAAGAAGGAUGCCGUGAAUGUCUCAAUGAAAGUCAUGAUUGUUCCCAAGCCAAUGAUCUACAUCCAAUGUGUAUGCUCAUGUAUUGCUUGAAACGCAUGAGACACGCGAGACUCGCAUUCUGCUACAAGUAGUAGUUGACCGUUCUGUGUGCAGAAUUUCCGAUGUCUAAAAAUUAG